AUGAGUCUUGCUGCUGGUUCAACAAAUAUGUCCAUACUUUCGUCAUCCGCUAAUUCCUCCGGCCUGAAUUCAACCAGCUUGGCGGAUAACUCGACUACUGGGUCAGUCUCCACAAGACGACGUUUCAUUCCUGCCUUAGUCGUCCUGCCUUCAGCCAUGCCAAGCAUUGAUCUCACUUCACUCCAGUCUCAUUACAAGACCAGCCAGGUUACCUCGAUCCCUACGUCUCCGAGUAGUCCUGUAUCUGCUCCUCUCUUGCUCCUUACUCGUUCUUUUAAGGAUAAUCGAUUUCACGCUGCACCUUUGGAUUGCCUAUCGCGUCUGCGGCGCUCAGCGGCCGUUCGUCUUGCCCAUCAGCAUCCUGAACUACGGACUGCCUUUGAGCGUGCAAUGCUUUGGAUCGACCGUCGAGAAUUACCACCUAACUGGGGUGUUGAUGCAAUAGAUACAUUGCUGGGUGAUAUAGAACGUCGUCGGCAGAAGAGACGGCGUAGGCGUCGUCGCCACCAACAACGCCGGCAACGACGUCGACAAGCUUCGACAGCUGCAAAGAGACGUCUUGAUCGGCAAAAGCAGAAGCAGUUACAAAAUGCUUCCGAACGGGCAUCAAGCUCCUCUGGAAAACGGCGAGGCACUAGAAAAAAACAACUGCAUGCCCGCAAAAUAUGCAUUACAAAGGACAUGGAAUUGGUAAGAGGCGUUGAGUCUAGUAAUAUUGAUGGGGGAGUUGGUCGAAAUCUUAGUCCGCUUCACUUGCGUGCUUCCACUCCAGCUAGCAGUAGCGAACUCUCCAGGCCCCAGCCUGCUCCGGACUUCCCUUUGGUCGACUCUAGUUCAAAUCUUGCAAGGGAAACCAGAACUAGUUUACUGGCCACAAGCACUCCGGGAAAACGAGUUAGUCGGGCAAGCAAGCAAACUGAUUCCAGGCGGCGAGGAGCACUUCAAACAAGCGAUAGACGAGCACGUUCGAAUUCACCUCUAAUGGUCGCUUCCACUCCUUCGACGCUCAUUAUAAUAGCAGAGACUAUUCAGCCCGAAUCAACGACGACUAUUAAGGAGGCGGCACGCAGUCACGCCUCUGCGAAACGAUCCCUUAAAACAGCCUAUAGACGCUCACAGUCGUCAGACAGAAGUGCUGCAGAAGCACACUUGCAAAGUGCUGUUCUUUGGGCAUUGCCAGAGCGCAGUUUUGAUCUUCCGUUCGAAGCCACAACUUCAUUGGCAGUUCUUCCACAGUGA